AGAUAAUGUUUUAUAUUUAAUAAAAUUGUUUCCAGAAAUUGAACUCUAUUCGGAGCUCUGAUAACCGCCAUGGAAGGAGGCGGAGGAACGCUAUCGGAGAUUCACCAAACCGCGAGGAAGCUCUUGCUCAAAACACGGGACGGACUCGAACGCCUAGAACGACUAGAGUACUCCAACUCAUCCUCUUCCUCCUCCGAUCUCUCAUUCGCCGUAAGCAAAGACAUCACUCAGAUCCAAUCACUCUGCGUUGAGAUGAAUCGUAUCUCACGCUCUAUCGCCGCUAAAUCUCAACGCGACCUCUGGAAUAGGAAAGUGGAACAAAUAGCUGAAGAGGCUGAAUCGUUAAGAGAGAGUUUGGAUAAAUAUAACUCAAGGAAUCAGAAUCGAAUGACCGAAGCUAAGGAGAGAGCAGAGCUUCUAGGAAGAGCUAAUGGGAAUUCUAGUCAUGUUUUGAGGAUUUAUGAUGAGGAGGCGCAGGCGAUGCAGUCUGUUCGCAGUUCUGCACGUGAAUUGGAAAAUGCUAAUGCGCUUGGGGAGACAAUACUUUCAUCUAUUCAUGGACAAAGGGAACGCUUGAAGAGUGCUCAGAGGAAAGCAUUGGAUGUUCUCAAUACAGUGGGGAUAUCAAACCGUGUUUUGAGGCUAAUUGAGAGGCGUAACUGUGUUGACCAAUGGAUCAAAUAUGCGGGGAUGAUUUUGACUAUCAUUUUCUUGUUUGCUUUUGUUUUAUGGAGACGUUAACACUGCCAGUUAUCGAAAAAUUGGCAUAUUUCUCAGAGUUCCUCAGUGGAGAGUGUAUAAAAUUUUGAUUCAAGUAUAAGGCUGAUCAGCAGAACAGUUUUUCCAGAAAAAUUGCUCCUUCAAUGACAUACAGAAGCUGAUGUUUAUUACUCAACCUAGAUAUCUGGGCAAAAUUGUCAAUGCAUGAUAUGUUAUAGUUUGUUCAGAUUCGGGGACAGGAUCUAAGCCUACUACGCUUAAAUGAUAAAAGUACUCACUUCUCUUAUAGAUUUUAUAAUAUUUGGUUCAUUAAUUAUUCUAUAUUAAAGUUUUCAUUGUAAAAGUUCACAUUCCACUAGAUUUCUUCUUCUUCUUUUUUGAUAAAUAUAUUCCACUAGUAUGUGCAAA